UCGAACCAAAACAAGCUCUCCAGACGCCGCAGAAAUGGCCAUCGUCUGGAGUCCCGGCCUUACGAAAUCUCUCCUAGAGAAGAUCAGGACCCGGGAAGUGCUGUGGGAUACCAACCAUCGUUUCUUCAGCAAAAAGAACCUGAGGAGGAGCUGCUUCGAUCAAGUAUGCAUGGAGUUGAAGUCUGAGCACAAGCAUCUUCACGCACUGACGACAGAUGAUGUUGUCCAGAGAUUCCAGUAUCUUCGAGGCCACUUUCAGAAGUUGUUGAGGAAAAUAAAAAAUUCGCCUAAUGGUUCGGGAGCCCAAACACCAGCUAAAUGGGAGUUUUUCAAUUCCUGUUUAUUUAUGCAACCAAUCUAUGAUAAUGUUCAAAGUCAAUCAAGUUUCACACCCUCAGAUGACAUGAUGGAAAUGCCAUGCAAUGGAGUUGUUGUAUAUGAAGGCUUAUUGGAGAAAGACUCGACAGGCAAUGAAGACAGGGUGUUGUUGUCCCCUUCCUCAUCAGUGUCGUCUCCUUCACCUCUGCCUGAUCUCCCAGAAGAUAGCAAAGAAUCAUUUCAUAAACCCUCGGUAUCAUCCACUCCUUCACCCCUUCCUGAUCUUCCAGAAAUCCCGCCAGAGUCAAGAAAUUUGAAGAGGAAAAGGACGUGGGAUGAGAUGGAGGAAAAUUUAAUGGAAUCCAUCAACUGUGUGAAGGAGGCAUGGUCGUCACAGAGUCAGAAUCAGGUGCAGGGAAAGCCGUUCCGUUAUGAUAUGGCCACUGAGGCUGUGAUGUCCUGUGUGGAAUUCCUUUCUUCUCAUAAGGAUCUCAAAAUGGAGUUCAUAGUGGAAGUGAUGUCCCUCGUUAAUAGAACAGUUAAAAAAGUACAAGAAAGAGAGAGCAAACAACUCCACAAGAAUAAUCAAAUCCUUUGAGCUAGUUGUUGCUUUUGUUCUUUUUGUGUUUGCUGUGAUAUUUAAUUAAUAUGUGAGAUAUAGUCAGAAUGAAAUAAGAGAUUUAUAAGAACAGUUUUUGUAUAAAAAUAUUUUCUUCCUUGCAGUUCUCACACUAUUGCAUAUGCACAUGACCAGGUCUGUGUUACACACGGAUACACGCACACCCACAGAUAUAUGCACACCCAUGGAAACAUGCAUGCCCACGGAUACAUGCACACCCAAGGAGACACACACAUGCACCCACACGCACACUCAAAGAUACACGUGCACUUAUCCACAUGCACCCCCUCUCCCCCCACACACAUGCAUAGGUAUAGAUAGUAGAGAAUAAACAUAUAUUUAAUAUGAUACAGUGUACAUAAUCUAUGUAUAUAUAUAUAUGUUAACACGUUUAUAUAUUUAUGUCCUUUUGUACAAUAUAUUUAUAUUAUAGUGAUUUCUGUCCCUUUGUAUACUAGGCAGGAUUUCAUGGCAUGUAAAAAGUAUGUAUUCUUACAAGUGAGCUGGUAUUCCAGUGUGAGGAACGAGUCACUUUUGAGCAAUUACCGAAGUAACAGUUCAGGGCAUUCUAUGGUUUUUAGUGUUACAUGUAUUUUCUAGUUCCUCUUAAAGACAGUUUUUACCAGCUCAGAUGACAAAAUCAGCUUACAUAUUUGGGGUUCAUGAAUUCCUGUUGUUGCUUGUAGAAUUUGUUUGAUGUUUUUUGUUUUUUUGCCUACAUUGUUGUAUGUCAGAUGAUAUAAUACAUUGUAUGAUUUUACUCUGAUGUAUGGCCUUUGAUAGAGAAUGUGUAUGGGUCUAUCUCCCUGAAUGCAGUAUAUUUGUUUUUAUAUAAUUGGAAAGCCCAAGAUAGAAUGUAACUAUUUUUGUAUUGAUUUUAGUCCCCUGAUAAAUAUUUUCAUAUUUUUAUAGAAGUUUUGAUGAAUGAAAUGUCAUUGAGAAACA